UGAAACAUUGACUCUAAAAAGCCCCAUGGCCGUGUGGACGAGCCAAUUAACUAGGUAUUUAAUUCGAAUCACCUCCUGUCUUACUCUCUUCUUCUACCUUCCCCAAGUAUAAUCUUGUCUCCAACCCCAUUGCAGAAAACUCUACAUUAAUAUUUAAGGAAUAUUUGCAGUUAGCAUUUCUCUACCGAUCUUAACCGUGACCAAAUGAAGUUUCCUCUCCCAUCUCCCGUACCUCUCCUGUCCCCAACCUCCGCGUCUGUCUCUUGGUGCAGACUCUCUCUCUCCUGAGCUGGGCUCGGAAGCCUGGGUGCCGCAAAAUUCUUUUAUUUCGGCAUUCGUGUUUCAAUAUUACUAAUCAUAGAGUUCUCCCCUUGCAAAUCCCGAAAACAAGGCCAAUUCUUUGACAAUGGAUGACCUUCCACCCAUCACUGUCACUGAACAGAAUCCUUUCUGUCUGGAAAUGAUGAAACGGCUCAACAUACAACGAAAACAAGGCCACUUAUGCGACAUAACUUUGAUUACGAAAGAUGACCAAGAGUUAAAGGCUCACAGAAAUGUUCUUUCCGCAGCGAGUCCGUUCUUUUGCAAGCUUCUUCAGAGCGACAUGAAGGAAAAUCGGGAAGGGAUCGUUCGGUUUGAAGAGAUUUCGGGAUCAGUAAUGGAAGAUAUUUUAGAAUUCAUCUACACUGGAGCCGUGGAAGUAACUGAAGAAAAUGCCCAAGAUUUAGUCGCUGCAACGAAUUAUCUCAUUAUCUCAAAUUUAAAAACAAUCUCUGGUCGAUAUCUACAGCAACAGAUGUGUAAAUUCAACUGCAUUUCGACCUUUUACUUCGCCGAGAAAUACGAUUGUGAAGAGCUUAUAAGCAAAAGCAAGAAUUUCAUUCACGCCCACUUUGCGUCUGUAGCAGACGAGGAUGAAUUCCUAAGUUUGGAAGCCAAAGAGGUGGAGAGAUGGAUUUCAAGUGAUGAGAUUGUUGUUGAAACGGAAGCUAAUGUUUUCCAGAUUGCGCAAAAGUGGGUGGAACAUAACAAGAGCGAGCGGAAAGCAGCGUUUGAAGAGCUUCUUCGUCACGUUCGACUGGUUUACGUAUCGCGUGAUUAUUUGUUGAAUGUCGUGAUAAACGAACUCGUGCGUGACAGUGCUGACUGUUUAAGGCUGGUUUCAGAUGCCAUAAAACAGACUAUGUUUUCGAGCGAUGAUGAUCUUCCCCAGUCCCCCAGAAAAGGGCUUGAUACACGCGCUAUAGUGGCUUGUGGAGGAGAAGAUGCCCUUUGUUAUGUCCCUCACAGAGAUGAGUGGAAAAGAUUACCUAUCAGGCUAGAAAAAAAGAGGUUUGACAUCCUUUCAACCCACAUGAUAAGAUUUCGUGAUCAGUUGUUAAUGUUUCGUAGCUUGUGUAGAGUGGAGAGGUAUGAUCCUGUCUUGAAUGGUUGGUCAUCAGUCAGUAUCCCAAGAAGGUCGUCUUUCAACACAGUUCAGGAAAAGGUGAUUGUCGUCGGAGGAGAGUUAUGUUCUAUUGAAGAAACUUUCAGAAGAACUAAGGGGGUCAAAAUCACCACACAGAACAUUAAAAAAUACCAAGUAGAGUCGUUUUCAUGGCAAAACCUUCAUUCCUCUUCUCAGUGCUACAGGAAAGAGUCUUGUAUUGUUGGAUCUGGUAACUUUUUGUAUUUUAUGGGUGGGAAGUCCCCUGAUACAUCCCAAUAUGUCACAAUAGCUGACAGAUUUGAUAUUACAGAAGAGAAAUGGGAAGACAUCGCAGAAAUGCAACAAGCAAGAGGUGGGGCUUUUGGUGUGGCCACUCAGGAAAAGAUUUUUGUUGCUGGUGGAGCAGAUGAAGAAAGCACUGUGUUGAAAACAUGUGAGGUAUACAAUGUUUCUACAAAUGAAUGGCAGUUAAUUGCAAACUUGAAUGUUUACCGCACACAUGGUAGCAUGGUUUGUCUUGGUGGAACAUUGUAUGUGCUGGGUGGCUUUGACCAAACUAAGAAAGAGCCAGAAUGUUCAGUUGAAUGUUAUGACUCCAAACAAGGCAAGUGGAUUGUGAAGACAAUCAUACCAGUGGAAGGGGACUGCAUGAGGAAACAUGCAUUUAAAGGCUGUGUGCUAAAGUUCCCUAAAGGAGUAUUGGAUUUUCUUAAUGAUGCAAAAGCCGAUAAUUAUUUAAGAAUAUUUGUGCGAACUGCCCGUUAGCCCAUCAAAAUAGAACUUAGUCCCCCACAGUCUUGAGACAAAAACAUGUGCUCGUCUGACCCGCCAUCUUGUUGUGUUAUUGCGUAGUUUUCGGAUCGCUAAUUAAAACCUUUGCUGUUCUUGCUCGUUGUCCAAGUUUUAUUUUGUUCGGAUGACCUUUGCCACAAAGAUGAUUAACUGUACUCAAACUAUACUCAAAUGAAAGAAAAUAAUCUCAAGAAAAUGCACUGAAGAAACAAUUUGUAACAGCAGUAGAAUUCCCAUGAUCAAAGCUAAGUAAGAUUUGGUAGAACAAUGACUGAACUUUUGCAUCAACCUGAGUCAAGAAAGAAACAUGGAAUCUCCUUUGCAGAAAGUUAUGCCAUGCUAGCAGAACAACAUUUGGCCUGCUUUCUCACAGACUGAGAAACUGAAUCUUUUAUAAGUUUAUGCUUACUUUUCUGCUUUAAACUAUAUAUUUUUAGUUUUGUUUUAAUUUUAUGUUUUUGUUGGUUUGCUUUUAAGUGCCCAGUGUCUUUGAAAUUUUUUUACUGGCGUCACCAAUCUUAACAAAUCUGAGAACUUCUGAGAAUUCAAUUUGAAAGAGGAAUUGAACUUUGUAGUUUAAAAAGGGCUAAUUGUAAAUAAUAGAAAUAGUGUUCUAUAUACACAAGUUUAACUUAAGCACAGUUUUCAAGAGUUUUCUUUUUACAAAUGUUAGACUUUUUGCAAUGAAAAAAGUGACAGUGCAUUUGAUCCAGGAUGAGAACCUCGUCAGACCUGCAUGCUUUUCACUAAAACAAGCCUACUAGAACUAAGCUUGUUAUGGAAACAUCAAUAAAAAAAAAUGCACUUUAGGCAUUGUUGAUUCUAGCAAGGUGUCUGUCACACUUGAGCCCAGUGAGUGGCCCAAGCCUCUAACAAAUUCUCAGUCAAUUCAACCCCCUUCCUUAUAAUCCUGAGCAAAAUUUCAGAAGUAAAGUCACAUGGCAUAAUGAUAAGGCUCAAAUAUGCUAUGUCAUUGGUUAUUCUAUGGGGUAGCUACUUAAUUAGACCGGUAGCAUCUCAGUUUAAAAUAAACAUGCACUUGUAUUUGAAAGCCUG